CAUAGAGUGGAUGGGAAACUCAAACACCACUUAUACAAUUGAGUCUAUGGAGCCAUUCAGACCUCUCCAUGCUGCUAACUGAAUCGGGAUCGCAAGUCACAGUAGGACAGCGCUCAAGAAUAUCCGGAGAAGGUGAAUGAAACGCGCAGACUGAUCCAUCUGAUCCUUCUCUUCAUCAUCGACCCCAUCUUCGUGUGUGUAAGGAGAUGCCGCCUGCGACAGGAGGGCCGGUGGGAUACACACCUCCGGAGGGCGGCUGGGGCUGGGCAGUGGUUGUAGGGGCCUUCAUCAGCAUUGGGUUCUCCUACGCUUUCCCCAAGUCCAUCACAGUGUUCUUCAAAGAGAUCGAGGUGAUCUUUAAUGCCACGAGCAGCCAAGUGUCAUGGAUCUCAUCAAUCAUGCUGGCUGUCAUGUAUGGAGGAGGACCAAUCAGCAGUAUUUUGGUGAAUAAGUUUGGGAGUCGUCCAAUCAUGAUUGCAGGGGGUUGUCUGUCUGGCACAGGAUUGGUUGCCGCAUCAUUCUGUAACACCGUGGAGGGUCUUUACUUCUGUGUGGGAGUUAUAGGUGGCCUGGGUUUGGCUUUCAAUCUUAACCCAGCAUUGACCAUGAUUGGUAAAUACUUUUACAAGCGUCGGCCAAUAGCUAAUGGCAUCGCAAUGGCAGGCAGUCCAGUGUUCCUGUCCACACUGGCCCCACUGAACAGCUGGCUGUUCGAUCAGUACGGGUGGAGGGGCAGUUUCCUCAUCCUGGGUGGAGCUUUGCUGAACUGCUGUGUUGCAGGAUCGCUAAUGCGGCCCAUUGGACCAAAACCACAGCCUGCCAGACCGAAAGAGGAAGAAGAACCAAAACGGCAAGAGAAAAAAACUGUCCUUCAGACCAUAAACAGCUUCCUGGAUCUGACCCUUUUCACCCACCGUGGCUUCUUGCUGUACCUGCUUGGAAAUGUCAUCAUGUUUUUCGGCCUCUUCACACCCCUUGUCUUCCUCAGUAACUACGCAAAAAGUAAAGGCAUUUCCAAAGAUAAGGCUGCCUUCCUGUUGUCCAUACUGGCCUUCACUGACAUGAUAGCUCGGCCAUCCAUGGGCCUGGUGGCCAACACACGCUGGGUCCGUCCACGCAUACAGUACUUCUUUGCUGCAUCUGUGCUGUAUAAUGGCGUCUGCCACCUGAUGGCGCCGUUCUCCACAGAUUACAUGGGCUUUGCCAUUUAUGCCAUGUUUUUCGGUGUGGCAUUCGGCUGGCUCAGUUCCAUACUGUUUGAGACUCUUAUGGACCUGGUGGGUGCUCAGAGAUUCUCCAGUGCAGUCGGCUUGGUCACCAUCGUAGAGUGCGCUCCUGUUCUGUUGGGGCCUCCAUUAUUAGGAAGGCUCAAUGACAUCUACCAUGAUUAUAAAUACACAUAUCAGGGUUGUGGAGUCAUCCUGGUGGUGGCCAGUGUAUUUCUGUUUGUCGGAAUGGGAAUCAACUACCGGCUGGUGGAUAAAGAGAAGAGGGAGGAGGAGAAAAGAGCCAGGCAGGAAGAGAAAGAUGAAGAGACAAAUAUAGACAAUGUCCUGAAUGAGAAGGCAAAGCAGGCAGAGGGAGACACAUCGGAGGCAUGAGCAGUCGUAGCUAAAAUGGAGAAGGACACAAUAUAAUGUGUGCGCACACACACACACUAACAAUCCACGUCUUCCAAUUCUGACCAACCAAAAUAAUAAACACAGAAUUCAGUUUUCCACAAUGAGUUCAGCUAAUGUUUAGAAAAGCACAAAAGACUUUGUGACAAGUUAAAACACACAAGCCAACCCUUAUUCAGUCCCAUAUAUACCUGAGAAGUUAAUUUCAUUGUAUCAUUAAAUUAAGAUGUUGUUUUAUUUCCCAUAUGGGAGUGUCUUUUAAACUCCUUAAUGUCAUAAUUCACCUUUUGCUGAUAUAUUAUGACCAUGAUGAGUGCAUUCCUAGGUUUUGACACAGUUCAUCAGCAUUUAAAUUAAGUGAAUUCGUCAGUUUUGGACAAAAGACCCUUUCACUCUGUCUUCCACUGUAGGAAUCAGGUCAGAUAUUAUAUGGAGGAUACACCAUGUUUCAACGUAGAGAUCUUUUGUUUUAUUAUCUCUUUGUAGUCUUUGGUAUUCCGAUUGGCUGGUUGAAAAUAUGACCACACUUUGCUCAAGAUGAACAAUUUACAGUUUGUAAACAUUCUGAAUGUUCUUGUCAAAUAUACAAGAACGUCAGGAAAAUACAGACGUCAGGCAAACCCCGUGUUCUGCCACACUGCUCUGGUGAUAUCAUGAUCUUGCAUUGGUUUUUAGACGCCUUACUCAUUAUCUAGUCACCCAACUGUAUUGUACCAUCACCAUGGUGAUUUCCAUGGUUACCAGUUUUUAGAAACUGCAGCAGACAAAACAUUGCAGUAUUGCAGAACUCUUGCAUUGCUAUGAUGGGCAAUUCUUUGCAAGAAUUCAUGAAAGAACAAAAAACAGUCUGCUGGAUUUUUAUUUUAUUUCUAUUUUAUUUUUUGCUUUUAUUUCUUAAUGAUGAAUGUGCUUUACCCUACAUUGAGAGAGGGAAUUCUUUUAAAAGUGUCUGUUCAUCUGCUUCCUUGACCACAUUGUUUAGAUGUCUAGAAACUGUUUUUAAUUAUGGUUAUAAACUGCUUUUUGUGCCUUUUUGAUUGGGUGCCUUUCUAUCUACAGUACAUACAGAUAUUUGUAUUUUAAAGUCCAUUAAUGUAACAAAACUAACUCCUAAACACUUUUACAAAACUCUUUGCAAUGCCAAGAGGAUGUUUUAUUAAAUUAAUCAAUACUUUA